AGAUACAACAGAAACUGGGGGGGAAGGACGGCGGAUGAAUUACGCUUUUAAAAAAAGUUGCAUUACAACCAAUUUGAGAGUUGCGGCGAAGAGGAAUAAAACAAGAUGAUAACGCCCUACUUCCUAGAGAAUUUCUGGGGUGAAAAAAAUAAUGGCUUUGAUGUGCUGUACCAUAACAUGAAACAUGGCCAAAUUUCCUCCAAGGAGCUGACAGACUUCAUUAGAGAAAGGAGUACCAUUGAAGAGGCCUAUGCCAGGUCGAUGACCAAACUUGCCAAGUCAGCUGGCAACUUUUCUCAGCUUGGGACGUUCGCUCCAGUCUGGGAUGUGUUCAAGACCUCGACAGAGAAGCUGGCCAGCUGUCACAUGGAGCUGGUGAGGAAGCUGCAGGAGCUUAUAAAAGAAGUUCAGAAGUAUGUGGAGGAGCAGGCCAAAGCACACAAAAAGACAAAAGAAGAGGUGGCGUCCACACUGGAGGCCGUCCAGAACAUCCAGACCACGUCUCAGGCGCUGCAGAAGUCCAAGGAGAUCUACAAUGCCAAAACUGUGGAGCAGGAGCGCCUCCGCAAAGAGGGGGCCACCCAGAGAGAUGUGGACAAGGCUGGAGUGAAAGCCAAAAAAGCCACAGAGACCUACAAGUCAUAUGUGGAGAAAUAUGCCACAGCGAAGUCAGAGUUUGAACAGAAGAUGGCAGAAACUGCACAGAAAUUCCAAGACAUCGAAGAAAGCCACAUUAUCCACAUGAAGGUGAUCAUUAACUCGUACUCGCAGUCCGUCAACGAAACACACGUUCAAAUAGAAGAGGUCCACAGUGAAUUUGUGAGGAACGUCGACAACACCUCAGUGGAGAGUUUAAUACAGAAACUGGCCGAGAGCAAAGGAACGGGCAAGGAGAGACCAGGACCCAUUGAGUUUGAGGAGUGCAAUGCAGCCAUUGCUACUGAAGGUGCCAAACCCAGGAAGAGAAAACCAUUUGGCAUCCCAGGUCGGAGGAAGGACAAAGACACAGACUCCACGGAGUCCACAGAAGUUGAAGCUGCUAACUCUGCCAAUGGCGCUCCCCCUGGAUACUAUGGGGCCAUAGACAUCCAGAAUGCUAACGUUCCCCAGGUUGAUGCGGAGGGUUUCUGCAUCCGACCAGAAGCAAAUGAAAACGAUGCCAAAGAGAAUUCCUUCUAUUCAUCCAGCGACUCUGAAGAUGAAGACGAACCCAGGAAGUUCCACGUAGAAAUCAAGCCCGUUCAGCCAAACAACGGCACGCAUCAGAACCGAGCCACCAUCGACGAGCUCAAAGCCUCCAUCGGCAACAUCAUCCUGUCGCCCUCCACCUCGGGGCAGAUGCGGAGGAACCAGUCCAGUGAUGAACUGGCAAAACCCAGAGUGCCAGCGUCGUACGAUCUGACUAACAGCGACCUUCUGUCUCUGGACCCCUUCGGCCCGACUGUAGCAGCAGGCUCCUCCUCCUCUGUGUCCUCAUCAACAGUGCCAGUACCGAACAGACCUACCACCCCUUUGACAGCUGGAGCCUUGGUGCCCCCUCCACGACCCUCUUCCAGGCCCAAACUCCCCACCGGGAAACUCACAGGAAUCAAUGAGAUUGUACGACCGUUCAGCCCACCCAAGACAUCCAACGCCAGCCCGCCUCCUGCAGCACCACUCGCCCGGGCAGAGAGCUCCUCCUCCUUGUCCUCGAAUGCCUCGCUCAGCGCUGGCAACACCCCUACUGUUGAGGAUGAUGUGUUCAUAGCAAAGCUGCCUACCUUUGAGAAGCGGUGUGAAACACCAGCAGGAACGUCUCGCGGUCCCAGCCCUGUGACCCUGGCAUCCCAAGAUGCUUUGCCCAUUGCCGUGGCCUUCACAGAGUCGGUUAAUGCUUACUUCAAAGGGGCUGAUCCCACUAAGUGUAUUGUGAAGAUCACGGGAGACAUGACCUUCUCGUUCCCCGUGGGCAUCAUCAAGGUGUUCACCACCAACCCUUCCCCAGCCGUGCUCACCUUUAAACUGAAGAACACCAGCAGGUUGGAGCCGAUCAUUCCCAACCAGCAGCUACUAUUCAGUGAUCCUUCCCAAAGUGACUCAAAUUCCAAGGACUUCUGGUUCAACAUGCAAGCACUGACGUCCUACCUCAGAAAAGCCUUGGAUCAGAAUCCUUCAGCUUCCUACUAUAACGUGGACAUCCUAAAAUACCAGGUGCUCUCUGACGGGAUUCAUUCCACUCCUCUCAACCUGGCCGUCUACUGGAAGUGUACACCGAGCACAACAGACCUGAGGGUGGACUACCGCUACAACCCGGAGUCCAUGGCUUCCCCUGGGCCGCUCACCAACAUACAAAUCUUAGUGCCUGUCGAUGGAGGAGUCACCAACAUGCAGUCCCUACCCAACUCCAUCUGGAAUUCAGAGCAGAAUAAGUGUCUGUGGAAGCUGAGUGACAUCUCAGAAAAGUCUGAAAAUGAAGGCGCUGGGUCUCUGAGGGCCAAAUUUGAGCUGUCAAAUGGCCCGUCAAACCCUUCCACUCUAGCAGUGCAGUUCAUGAAUGAGGGGAGCACCCUGUCAGGAGUGGACAUGGAGCUGCAGGGGACAGGAUACAGACUUUCUCUCAAUAAGAAGAGAUUUGCCACAGGUCGUUAUAUGGCAGAUUUCUGAGGUGACCAACCACUCUGGUUCUUAAAAAAAAAAAAAAAAUCUCGCUAGAAACAGAAGUCGUCAACUUUGAACCUCUGGAUCCAUCUGAACUCGGUUGUGCUUUUGCCAGGAAAGCGAGAAUCUCACUACAAUAAAACAGCACUGAGUAUUGAACACUGUUAAAAGAAAAAAGAAAAGAAAAAAAGACAAAUAAAAGAAAACUAAGACGAGCUUUCAGGAAAUGUGUAGAUAUGAAGUCUAAUAAUGCUUUCUGAUCAAUUCACUUUUGUAUAGUCAGAAACAAUUUAUGACUAGAUAUAAAUCUAUAUUGUAUUUGAAAUCAUAAAAAGAGAAAAAAAAAGUGCACUAAAAAUCUUUCAGACGCUCUUCUUCCCUUUUUUAUAUUCGUUUUUCAAGAGUCUGUAAAGAAUCUAAAACAAAUGAAUUUCUGCGUGGAAGAGAAGAAUAACCUUGUGGUUUCUCCCUCUGUCCCUCCGCACUGUAAAUACUAACACUCGACCAGCUCUGACUCGACUCUCAAAUCAGUUCUGUCUUCUGUUUCUCUUCUUCUUUUUUCCCCCGUUCCUCGCAAAUUGUCUUUUUUUUCUCUUUUCUUUUUUUUGAUCAUGUGCAAUGAAGCAAUGAAGGUAGAAUCUGUCUCACACACUCGUAGCACAAGCUUGAUCUUUUAGCACAACAUUGAAGUGCUUUCAAACAAAUGCAAAAAAAAAAAAAAAAAAUAUCCGACCUCAGUGCCUCCUCUUAUACAGUGGAUCAAUAGGCAUCAAAAGUGCAUCAAUGUUUUUACCCAGAUUUGGGUCUCCAGAUUUAAUCUGCAUUUCUCUGUAUGGAGUUUUUAGUUGUUGUUUUUUUAAACAAUCACCCUUUAAUGGGGUCUAUGAUCAGUGUGGUCUUUUUAAAACUCAACUAUUUGUCUUUGCAAAUUCCCUUUUCAGUCAAGGCUUGUACUUUUUUUAAACCCUUCAUUUUUAAUCAUCAUGUAAAAAAAAAAAGAAAAAGAAAGCUCAGUGAUCUUGACUGUAAAACAUUGUGUCAAAUGUAAAAUGCUUUAAAAGAUUCAAGGGACGUUACCCCACACUUAAGUUUUUUUAAAAACCUUUUAUUAAAAAAAAGAAAGCAUUUUUUUAAUCACACAUUUGUGCCCUCUUAAUAGAGAAAUGUGCCUAAAUCUAACUUUUCUCUACUCUCUCUCUCUACUUUUUUUAAUAUAUACUACAGCACAGUUAAUGAGAAUAGCAACAACAUUGUGCCAGUUGUGUUUUUUACUCCUUUUAUUUGGAUACUGAAGGGAAAAGGCUUCCUGUUUUUACAACCCGACUGUCUUCCAGAAAUGAUUAACUUAUGUUUUCUUUCUGCGAUUGGGUUUGAUCAUUGAACUCUUUUUAUAUAACUUUUUUCUAUUCAAUACUCAUCGGGUUGAUCUUAACCUCUCAUUCGCUCGCUGUGCAGUAGACAACGUUAGUGUCAGCAGCACAAUAAGGCCAAAUUAAUGAUUGAAAUGCCUUAUUACAACUACUCGACACUGAGUAAUCCGGUGUUGUUGACUGUGGUUAGAUAUUGUAUCACAGUACUGCCAUUGCCCCUGUGAUAGACUGGCGAACUGUCCUGCCUCUCACACCCCGUUGCAUGCUGGGAAAGGCUUUAGCCCCUCGAAACUAUUAACAGCACAAGUGGGUGAAUGGAACAUGGAUGGAUGGGUGGAAAAAUUGCCACGUUUGACUCUUGGUGUUUCCAUUCGUGUCUAUUUACUAAUGGAGGGCUGCUGCUGUAGAGGCUGUUGUACUUCUUGAUGGAGUAUGUUUUGUUGUGUAGGACUUUUUUUUUUUUUUUUUUUUUUCAUUGACCACGUCCUUGCAACGAUCAUUCAAUGAUGUGAUUAAUUGCUCGGAAGCUGUGAUUGAAAACUGAUGAAACUUUUUUUUAGGACUGGAGUUUCAUACACUGUGCAUGACUUGGCCAACUGACCUCUCUGAUAAGAUUUUAGGAAAUAAUCUUUCAUAUCAGGCUAAUUUUUUUUUUUUUUUUUUACUAUAAAACAUGGCUCCUUGUAGGUUUUCAAUGAUUGGAUAACAGGUGACGACUUGAUUCAUUGUCUCACCUGGAAACUGAUGAUUUAUCUGAUUUCAGUCAUCAUGUCCAGACAGUGUAAUUACAUGUAAUCAUCAGUUUUUACAAUGUUUUAUACUUAAAGUGGACAUCUGUACCUGGUUUAAGACUAAAGCCUUUAAUGAUAAUUUAGAGACACUUACCUUAAAUGAAUGAAUAGAAAAAGUUAAUUUAAGUUGAGUCUGUCUAACUUAAAUUUUGUAUCUCACACUGAACUUAAAUCAGCCAAAUGUUGAAAUGUUGAGUUUACAUAAAAUCCUCAAAUGUAGCACCAGACAUUUGUACUGUGAGAAAUCAACACGUCGCUCAGUGUUUUAUUCAUUAAUAAUUAUGCCAAUGUUUUGGGUAAGAUGAGCCGAAUGCAUUUAAGAAAAGCAAGCAGAUUGUGUAAUUGUAUUCAGUAUUAGCAAGCUGGUUCUUGCUGUCCCUAAAAAAAGAAAAAGAAAGAAGAAA